CUUAUUUGUAUUGUCCUUGCAACUCCACUUGAGUACUGAAAUUCAUUUGAAUGUUCUUAAAAACAGGUAUUAGAAUUUUCACGUUUCUCUCGGUUCAGUAUUGACCUUGUGUGCCUCCGUAGCCAGGAAGUGGAAUGUAAUAUGAAGUUCGCCUGGACCAUGAAUGCUCUUUUCAAAUUCAAUAUUGCUGCUGUUCUUCUUAAAUGCUUUGUGAUGGCAUCGAUGUUUUACACUUCUUCACGUCAAUAAACCUGUGGACGGCAAACGGUCUUCAGAGUGCUUGAUGUUCAGGAAGGGUUUAGCUGGCUGUUAGGAUAAGUAUGCCGAGGACAGCACAGUAAAACAUCGACUAUCAAGCGAACAAGAAAACACAGUGCAGGCUGGCAACUCGUCACGUAGCUACUAGAAAAUGAGUAAGAAAGGAUCAGCGCGUGCCUUGCAGACCAAGGACGCCGCCGCCGAGAUUGUUUCAGACGAAUGCUUCCACAGUAUAUCCCUGAAAACGCGCUCCCGCGCAGAAAGCUCUCGUUCCGGUGCGUCAUUGACUGGGUCAGCAGCAGCCAAGGCAAGAGCAAAAGCCGAAGCGGCUAAAGCACGUCUGGCAUAUGCGGAAGAAGAGAGGGAUUUGAAAGUAGAAAAAGCAAAGUUGGAAGCAUCCAUGGAGUUACUUAAUCAAAGGAAGGAAACUGCUGCAGCCAUUGCCGAAGCAGAGGCACUGGAGGCAGCCUCAGAGGUCAGUGAUUCACUCACAAAUGAGACACACAGUUCUCACAGACGCACCGAACCUGUUCCUAUGGUGGCCUCACAGCGCACACAACAAUAUGUAAUUGACCAACUAAGAGAAAGAGUGUCUGAAUUGCAGAUAAAUGACAAUGGUGACACAGAGAUGAGGCCAGCACCGCCGCCCCCUCUUUUUAAAGCCACUGCCAAACCUUUUGUGCCACAACAAAAUGGCUCCCCUCCACCUAUCCUCACCCCCCAGCAGCCUAGUGGAGGUGUGAAGGGAGACUCCCACGAGCCAGUUAGCAGGGGCCGGGAAGAGGAUUGUGCCCCACACAUCAGGAGCAAUGGUAAACAUGGCACUCCUAUACACCAGUUCACACCUGGACAUUAUGAUGAACGCCCUUCACGCCAUUUUGUCUCGCCUAACCACAACAAAGGUAGCCCACACCCCUCACAGCACCAUCAAACUCAUACAAACUGCAAUAAUGAGAGCUCACACAUGAAUGAUUUUGUAAGAUACCUCGCCCGCCGCGAGCUGGUGUCUACAGGAUUACUCCAGUUUAAUGACAAACCCCAAUCCUACAGAGCCUGGAGACGAUCAUUCCAAACAGCAAUCAGAGGCCUAAAUCUGACACCAAGCGAGGAAUUAGAUCUUUUACUCAAGUGGCUUGGGAAAGACUCUGCAGAACAAGUCGAACAAAUAAGAGCAAUACACAUCCAUCGCCCAGGGGCAGGGCUAGCUAUGGCAUGGGACAGGCUUGAGCACACAUACGGAUCGGCUGAAGCUAUAGAAAACGCCCUGUUUCAACGCAUUGAAAAUUUCCCCAAAAUAACUACUCGCGAUGGUGCCAAGCUAACGAAGCUGAGUGAUCUUCUAAUGGAGCUUGAAGCUGCUAAAGCAGAGGGCGACCUGCCUGGUCUGUCCUUUCUGGAUACGGCGAGAGGCGUCAAUCCAAUAGUACGAAAACUCCCGCCUCGCCUGCAGGAGAAGUGGAUCUCUGUGGGCGCAUACUACAAGCAGGCGGAAGAGGUGUCUUAUCCUCCCUUCGCCUAUUUUGUUGAUUUUGUGUCCCAACAGGCUCGCAUGAUGAGCGAUCCAAGUUUCAACUUCCUCACGCUCUCCGACGAGGCUGCUAAGACUGAAAAAAUCAAGCCAAGCCGACAACAAGAUAUCUCUGUUGGCGUCCACAAAACAGAGGUGUCUAAUGGGACCACGUCCGACACCAGUGAACCCCCAUCAAAACCAGACAACGACAAGCUAUGUCUAUUGCACAAAACAUCCCAUCCUCUGACCACGUGUCGGGCAUUCCGUCGAAAACCCAUAGAAGAGCGGAAGACACUUCUAAGAGAAAACAAUGUGUGCUUUAAAUGCUGCUCUUCUUCAUCUCACAUAGCAAGGAACUGCCAGGUCAACGUCCAGUGCGAUGAGUGUAAGAGUGAAAAACACAACACAGCACUUCACCCCGGACCCCCACCAGGGACUCAAGAGAUUGCCCCCGCAUCUGAGCACGGCGGGGAGGAGAGAGAGCCUUCGUCUUCGUGUCAGGUCACCAACAAAUGCACAGGAGUUUGUGGCGGUGAGUUAUCAGAUCGAUCCUGCUCUAAGAUAUGCCUUGUUAAAGUGUAUCCGGUUGGCCAGAGAGAAAAGGCAGUCAAAUUGUACGCAAUAAUGGAUGAGCAAAGCAACAGAUCAUUGGUCCGCUCACAGUUCUUCGAAAUGUUCCGCGAUGAGAGCCAGAGUGCUCCGUACACACUGAGAACAUGUGCUGGGGUGAAGGAGUCUUCAGGCAGAAGGGCCAGCGGCUACGAAGUGGAAUCUCUAGACGGAACUCUUCACGUCCCACUGCCCAGCCUCAUAGAGUGCAAUGACAUUCCGAAUAAUAGAGAAGAAAUCCCGACUCCCGAAGUGGCCCUCCAUCAUCCUCAUCUAAAGCCAGUCGCGCACCUCAUCCCCGACAUUGACCCACAAGCUCCCAUUACGCUCCUGCUGGGUCGGGACAUCAUAAGACUGCAUAAGGUCCGCGAACAGGUGAAUGGCUCUCACAGUCAGCCCUAUGCACAGAAGUUAGACCUAGGCUGGGUCAUUGUCGGCAAUGUUUGCCUAGGUAAUGUCCACAAACCGCUGACAGUCCGCACGUUUCACACAAACAUCGCUGAAGGGACACGCCCCACUCUCUUCACCCCAUGUCCCAAUGUGUUUCAUGUUAAAGAGAAAUUCAGUGACGUUCAGACAACCAACCAUUUGUUGACAUGCUGUGAAGACCAGUUUCCCUGUGAAGCCGACCACCUGGGGUGUACCGUGUUCAGGCGGACCAAGGAUGACAACAAUGUGGCGCCUUCCAUUCAAGACGCCACAUUCAUGGAGAUAAUGAAGGAAGGGCUACGUAAAGACUCCAAUGGCAGCUGGGUGGCGCCUUUGCCCUUUAAGAACCCACGCCCUCGGCUCACCAACAACAGACCGCAAGCCAUGAAACGCCUCAUAUCUCUCAAACGCAACCUCGAGAAGAAGCCUGAAAUGAGAGACCACUUUCUCAGCUUCAUGGACAAAAUGUUACAGAACGGCCAUGCUGAACUUGCCCCACAGCUCAGCGAAAAUGAAGAACGAUGGUACUUGCCAACAUUUGGCGUUUACCACCCAAAGAAACCCAAGAAAAUUCGUGUGGUGUUCGAUUCCAGCGCCCAACACAAUGGUGUGUCGCUGAAUGAUGUGCUGUUAUCAGGGCCUGAUCUAAACAACACACUGCUCGGGGUACUGAUUCGAUUCAGAAGAGAAGCCAUCGCCUUCACGGCCGACAUAGAACAGAUGUUCUAUUGUUUCCUGGUGAGCGAAGAAGACCGCAACUUCUUGCGUUUCCUUUGGUUCCAAGACAACGAUCUGUCCAAGGCCAUAGUGGACUAUCGCAUGACUGUCCACGUGUUUGGCAACAGCCCCUCACCAGCGGUGGCCAUCCACGGCCUUCACAAGUCUGUCCAAACCAGCGAGGUGCAUGUUGAGUCAGACGUGAAAGACUUUGUGAUGCGUGACUUCUACGUCGAUGAUGGGCUGAAGUCCCUGCCUACGGUAGAAGCAGCCAUCAGCCUUCUAAGAAACACACAGGAUGUUCUCUCCAAGUCAAACCUGAGACUGCAUAAGAUCACGGCCAAUAGUAAAGAGGUGAUGGAUGCAUUCCCAACCAGCGAUCACGCAAGUGACCUCAAAGACCUUGACUUCGACUCAGAAAUGGUGCCUCUGCAACGCAGCCUUGGGCUCACUUGGAACCUCCAAGCAGACUGCUUCGUGUUCAGCGUCUCCAAGGAAGUGAAGCCUUACACCCGACGGGGCGUCUUGUCUACAAUCAAUAGCCUCUAUGACCCCCUUGGUUUCGUUGCGCCUGUCACGAUCCGAGGUAAAUCCAUUCUGCGAGAACUCACUGCUGAAAAUGGCGACUGGGACGCCCCACUUCCUCAAGCUAUGGAGGAGGCCUGGACAUCAUGGAGAAUUUCUCUACACAAGCUGUCAGAGCUGACUAUCCCCAGGCGCUACACUGAAUUGUCACCAUCCACAGCUGCUAGAAGGGAGUUGUGCAUUUUCUGUGAUGCUUCAGUUCAGGCUAUUGCUGCAGUGUGCUACCUGAAAGUUACAGAUGCUGAUGGGAACAAGCAGGUUGGGUUCGUAAUGGGAAAAGCCAAACUAGCUCCUCGUCCAGAGCACACAGUGCCCAGACUCGAACUCUGUGCAGCUGUGCUUGCCGUUGAGCUAGCAGACCUGAUCUCAACAGAACUAGAUCUCCACCUCGAUGCCGUAACUUACUUCUCAGACAGCAAGGUAGUCCUGGGUUACGUCUACAACGAGAGCAGACGUUUUUACGUCUAUGUCAGCAACAGAGUAUUGCGCAUCCGAAGAUCUUCUCGUCCAGAUCAAUGGCGCUAUGUGCCUACCCACCUGAACCCUGCAGAUCACGCAACACGGUCUGUGCACGCAGGUCACCUUAAAGACACCAACUGGCUGAGUGGUCCGGAAUUCCUGUCCAGAGCAGAACCCAACACCUCUGAAAAUGUCUAUGAUCUUGUUGACCCUGGCACAGACCCAGACAUCCGGCCUCUAGUGUCCGCCUUAAGCACUGCAACUUCACCCAAACAGCUUGAUACCCAGCGCUUUGCCAGAUUUUCCACUUGGAAAUCACUCACACGAGCAGUCACUCGUCUCAUUCACAUCGCCCGCCGUUUCAAGAAACCCCCCGAAGAUAAGAGCGCUUGUAAGGGGUGGCAUUACUGCAAGGCUGAGUCUACUGUUGAGGAAAGCAGCAAAGCAUCAGCUGUGAUCAUCCGAGCAGUUCAGCAGGAAGUCUACGGCCAAGAGCUAGAGUGCAUCCAAAGGCAAGAGAAGAUACCAAAGGCUAGUCCUCUACAGGAUCUGGAUAUCUUCAUCGAUUCAGAGGGCCUCCUAAGAGUCGGAGGUCGCCUGCUCAAUUCAAGCCUGGAGCAGAGGGAAAAGACUCCCUUGAUUAUCCCUGGUCAACAUCACAUUGCAACAUUACUCAUAAGACACCACCAUGAGAAUGUCCACCAUCAAGGCCGCCACUAUACGGAGGGAGCGGUACGUGCUGCUGGUCUUUGGAUAGUUGGCAUGAAGAGAAAGGUGAGCAGCAUCAUACACCAGUGCGUAAUCUGCCGGAGGCUCAGGGCUCCACUCAGUGUCCAGAAAAUGGCUGACCUGCCAGCCGAUCGUCUGUCAACUGACCCCCCAUUCACGAGUGUCGGACUUGAUGUGUUUGGCCCCUGGAACAUUUCCUCACGCAAGACUAGGGGUGGCUUGGCCCAAAGCAAGAGGUGGGCCGUGAUCUUUACGUGUAUGAGCAUCAGAGCCGUGCACAUUGAAGUCAUAGAAUCCCUUGACACGUCCAGCUUCAUCAAUGCGCUCCGGCGUUUCCUUGCAGUACGCGGGCCAGUCAAGCACCUCCGCUCAGACCGCGGCACUAACUUUGUAGGUGCCUGCAAAGAAUUGAAGAUACCUGCGAACAUUGACAGAACAGCUGUGAAAACCUACCUGUCAAACCAAGGCUGUACAUGGACAUUCAAUCCCCCACAUGCUUCUCAUUACGGCGGAUCUUGGGAAAGAAUGAUCGGACUCGCCAGAAGAAUUCUAGACUCCAUGUUCCUCAAGUUGAAAGACAAGCUCACAAAUGAAGUACUAGUCACCUUCAUGGCAGAAGUGGCUGCAAUCAUAAACAGCAGGCCACUUGUUCCUGUGACAACUGACCCCGACGACUCCUUCAUACUCACACCAGCUGCUCUGCUGACGCAGAAGCCGAACGUCGUUCCUGCCCCAGCUGGUGAGUUUGGAGUGACAGACCUCUACAAGUCUCAGUGGCGACAGGUUCAGCACCUGUCCAACACCUUCUGGGAUCGCUGGAGGAAGCAGUACCUCCCUACACUGCAGGCCCGCAAGAAAUGGCAGUCGUCGCACCCCAACAUCCAGCCAGGGAGCGUUGUUCUGCUCAAGAACAGCCAGACAUCGAGGAACGAAUGGCCUCUUGGACUGGUGACGCAGACCUUCCCGAGCAAAGACAAGAAAGUGCGCCAAGUCGAAGUGAAGAUCAUCAGACCGGAAGGGACUUCACUUUUCCUCAGGCCAGUGAAUGAACUAGUUUUCCUUUUGCCGCCAGAUACUUUUAAGUAAAAGUAAUUAUGGACUGUUUAGUGACGUAAUCACGUCAGGCGGGGAGUGUUUUGAUAUGAAGUUAUUAAUUAAUGAGUUGAAGUUUUCUUAAGGAUAUUUUUCUUAUUUGUAUUGUCCUUGCAACUCCACUUGAGUACUGAAAUUCAUUUGAAUGUUCUUAAAAACAGGUAUUAGAAUUUUCACGUUUCUCUCGGUUCAGUAUUGACCUUGUGUGCCUCCGUAGCCAGGAAGUGGAAUGUAAUAUGAAGUUCGCCUGGACCAUGAAUGCUCUUUUCAAAUUCAAUAUUGCUGCUGUUCUUCUUAAAUGCUUUGUGAUGGCAUCGAUGGUAUGUAUCUACUGUUUUAUUUCUUAUUUCUACCCGUUAUGCUGUUUCAGUUGAUGUGCGUUAUUUGGGCGGAGAUUUGCUAAUGCCGAAGCUGUCGUUAGAAAUGAUGUGCUGAUUGUUCGCUCGCAGUUCAUAUGAGGUCACGCUACGUGUGGACUUGAGGUAAAUGAUUGUGACCCUAUGUUUUGUAGCUCCAAUAGUAAUGUUUUUCGUGUAUGUAUGUUUCAGUUUUACACUUCUUCACGUCAAUAAACCUGUGGACGGCAAACGGUCUUCAGAGUGCUUGAUGUUCAGGAAGGGUUUAGCUGGCUGU